ACCUGAAUCCAUCACUACCUUCUGUUUCUGUCCAUUGUGACUGUUACAAUGUCAAAGUUUUUUGUCAGGGUUUUUAAUGCUUGAAUCAAAGUUAUAAAUCAAUUUGACAUAUGAGACAACAGGAUGGAUCCAAAAGGGGAAGCGGACUUUCUCUUUGUUGCUGCCACUUGGAGGGCUCUCCUAGCUUAAGGGGUCAGUUAUAUUUCCCUCCAAUUUUAUAUUCAAAACACAGAUCAGCCAUUGUCAAAAAAAAAACUUCUUGUCUUCUAGCUUCUAUUUUUCUUGCAAAUGUUUAUGUCCGUUUUCCUAGAACUACCUUAUAAAUUAAGGACACAACUCAGGUGAAGAGGUGCAUGUUGAGGAUUGAUUGCUUUGUAGUCUUUGAUAACAGCUCACUGAACUGAACCAACAUGUGGCAACCAAAACUCAAUACAUGUUUAAAAAGCUAUCCCAUUUCAAUUUAUUUGGACCCUUUCCUCCAGAUUCUAGUACAUAAAUACUUACAUACCUUGAGAAUAUAAAAAAGGAAUUUGCUAGUUCAGAAUGACAGAAAAAACACUGUCAAUCAAUCCGAAGUACCACCACAGCACUUGAAUGUAGAUGAAGCGAUACUAUUAUGGACUGUGGUUGUUUUCACACCCUACUAAUAUAGUUUGCUUUUAUUUAUUUUUUUUUUUCGCAACACUAUUGAAAAGGUAAAGGCUAUAUAAAUGGAAGAUGGACAAGAGGAUAAGACAUUACACUAACGAUUUGUAGCCAUGAGGGGACAUGAACCACGUUCAAGCUCUUCUUGCGCAGCUUGCAAGUUCUUGAAAAGGAGGUGCAUACCCGACUGUCUUUUUGCACCAUAUUUCAGAUCAGAUGAGACAAAGAAGUUUGCCAACGUACACAAGGUGUUUGGAGCCAGCAAUGUGAGCAAGAUCCUGAUUGAAGUGCCAGAGGAGCAACGGGAGGACACAGUAAAUUCUCUGGCAUAUGAGGCGGAGGUGAGGCUCAAGGAUCCUGUCUACGGUUGCAUUGGUGCCAUAGCUAUGUUGCAGAGGAAGAUGAUCGAGCUACAACAUGAUUUGGCAAUUGCCAGAGCUCGCCUUGCUUGCUAUGCUGGAAAUUCUUCUGCUUCCAGUAUCACACCUUUCAGUGGACUUCCUGCUUGUGAUGGAUUCCCGGACAGCUUCAGUCACACUUCAUCUGAAAUAAAUCAAGAUGGACAGAUGUAUGACUUUAGCCAAGUUCCAUAUAUGAUGAGGCAUGAAUGAUCUGUGUCUUUCUCUUGUUUUAUAAAUAACUCUGAAAAUGCUUGGACUCAUGGCCUUUAAUUUUAUGUUCUGGAGCAAGAAAUAUGCAGUAAAUUAAAGGAAUUUUC